UCAUUUCAUUUCUGUUUUCAGGACUGCCCUAUCUUGGUGAAAGCCAAGGAACAAAGAUGGAGUCUGUUUACAUUAAACAGGAGGUGGUUCAGGAAUUGGUACCUAUCUGCAUUAAACAGGAGAUGCCUGAACUGGAGCCUGUCCACAUUAAAGAAGAGACUGAACUAGAGCCUGUCCACAUUAAAGAGGAAGAGACUGAACUGGAGCCUGUCCACAUUAAAGAAGAGACUGAACUGGAGCCUCUCUACAUUGAAGAGGAGCCUAUUGGCUUGUUGCUUAAGGGUUCAGAAAACAUAUCCCGGCCAAAGAUAUCACAUCAAUGUAGUGGAUAUGGGAAGAGCUUUAGUCAGUCAGGAACCCUAAAAACACACCAGCGAAUUCACACUGGAGAGAAGCCAUAUCACUGUUUUGAAUGUGGGGUGAGCUUCACUGUGUCAGGAAGCCUAAAAACACACCAGCGAAUUCACACUGGAGAGAAGCCAUAUCAAUGUACUGAAUGUGGGAAGAGCUUCGUUCAGUUAGGUGACCUAAAAAGACACCAGCGAAUUCACACUGGAGAGAAGCCGUAUCACUGUACUGAAUGUGGGGAGAGCUUCAGACAGAUUGGAAGCCUAAAAAGACACCAGCGAAUUCACACUGGAGAAAAGCCUCGUCGCUGUACUGAAUGUGGAAAGAGCUUCAGUGAAUUGGGACACCUAAAAUCACACCAGCGAAUUCAUACUGGAGAGAAGCCAUAUCACUGUAAUGAAUGUGGGCAGAGCUUCAAUCAGUUAGGAGUCCUAAAAAGACACCAGCGAAUUCACACUGGAGAGAAGCCAUAUUACUGUACUGCAUGCGGGAAGAGCUUCCGUCAGUCAGGAGACCUAAAAGCACAUCAGCGAAUUCACUCUGGAAAGAAGCUGUAUCCCUGUACUGAAUGUGGGGAACGCUUUAGUAGGUUUAGAGACCUUAAAAGACACCAGCAAAUUCACACUGGAGAGAAGCCGUAUCACAGUACUGAAUGUCGUAAGAAUUUCAGUCAGUUAGGAAGCCUACAUCUACACAAGCGAAAUCACACUGGAGCCAGCCUCCCUAACUAUCCCUCACCUCUCCACCCUGCUUGUUUGAAUGUGUGGAUAGCUGUCUGAUUCUCUGAUUAAUGCUCUCUCUCUCUCUCUCUCUCUGUGUGUGUAGUGAAUGAAGGGGUUCCCCAGAGUGAGAGCCAGUCCUGAAGGAGACAGACCCAUUCUUUCAGAAUGAACUGGACAGCCCUGGGAUUCAGCUCCACUCCUGCCCCUGAAUUGGAAAUGAAUCUCACUCAUCAUGCUGUGAGGAUUUAGGACAGGCAACGCUGUUUUCAAUGAAGUUGUUCCAAAUUCCUGAUGCCAAGGCAAAUCUAUCUGUAGUUGCACUCAAAUCAAAACGCAAAAAUAAAGAUUUCUCGAAAAAAUUCUUGUAAUAGUAAUAUUAUAAGACAGCAGACUAUAUACGCUCACGUAGACAGCCAGACAGCAAGAAAUUGAUAUGAUUACAAUAGAGAUUUGGAUAACGCAUAUCUAGACGUCAAGAGCAAUAUUCUAUUCAAAUACAUACUGCUGUAAGCUUAGUGGAGGUACAGAUAACAAACUGGCUUGUAUAUACAUGUAAAAAAUAGCGUACUGUAGGUUAUAUUAACAAAAAAAGCAUGUAUUGAAACAAGCAGUCAAAAUGACUACUUUUGGCGGUUCUAGGUAGAAGUGCUCCUGACUUUUUUUUAUUUUUGAGAUUCUUACUUUCAAACGCCGUCAGGGUAUUUAAUACAGGUAUUUAGGAAAAGUCAAGAACAGACAACCAUGGAUCUUUAACACACGCAGAGUAAUUUAAAUUUUAAAAGUGAAAACCGUCAAAAUGACUACCGUGGCGGUUCUAGUGUUAAACAAAGCUGCCAAUAACAUUUAUGAUAUUUUUAAAAUUUAAUUUGAGCUAUAAAUGGCAUUACUGUUCCAAUGUCAGUGAGUACAGUAUACAAUACAUAAGUGAAUUGUUUAAAAGCACCCAAAACUAAGAAUAUCUUCAUGGGUGUGGCAGCAGUGUGUGCUUCAUCUAACUAGUAUGGCCUCUAAGCUCUUGCACCAGUGCAGACACAAGCUGAAGCAACCUUGUGUUUUUUGUUUUUAUUUUAGGUGGUGCAAACUUUGCACUGGAGCAAAAGCUGUUUUGGUUUUGCGUGAAUUUGAAUGAAUGAAUCUGCUUUGCUGAGUGUUUAAAUACUGAGAAACCCCAAGCUUGUUGUCUACUGGAGCCCUGCUUCAGUGCAAUGAGAUUGAAAUACAAUGUGUAGAUUGUUGUAUAUCCAAUUAUUAGGACAGACCACAAUAUUAGAGCUGUAUAAAUAUAAUACUGUAAAACAUGAAAGGUUAGCAAGCAAACCAUUUUCACUAAUGUUACAUUUGUUACAAAUCUGCAGAACCUACAUACUGCAACAUUGCCAUCAUUACUACAUUCAUAGUUUAUACAAUUUGAAUAACUGAUAUAAACAAUCUGCAGAAUGAAGUUGCCUCAGACUGUUUGACAGUAACAGAGCUGGUGCUUUUGUGGAAUCACCAUUAGCUGCUUAUUCCUUUUGGGCAAAAUAUGUCCUGUUUGCUUCUAUUUUUAUUAGUAUGCUAUUAUUAGAGUGACGCAGGGUCUUCUGGUUUUCAUUCCAAUUAACAUAAUUGAUCUAAUUACACCGUGUAACAAUUUUUUUUUUUUUUGGUUCCUGGGUAGUAAGUGUUAUUUCCUAAUUGCUUAUGCCUCAAAAGUAUAGAAAAUGGCUAUUAUUCCUGGGCAAUCAGAAGGCCGAAAACUAUGUGGAGCUGGUUGAGACUCUGGUGAAGAACUACGGCACAAUGGGCUGUAGGAUGUCCCUCAAAGUCCAUAUCCUUGAUGCUCAUCUUGAUAAAUUCAAGGAGAACAUGGGAGCGUACUCGGAGGAGCAAGGCGAGCGCUUCCACCAGGAUAUACUGGACUUUGAACGCCGCUACCAAGGACAGUAUAACGAGAACAUGAUGGGAGACUACAUUUGGGGGCUGAUUCGUGAAAGUGGUUUACAGUAUAAUCGUAAAUCUCGAAAAACUACUCACUUCUAAAUCUUUUGUAGUCAUUUUUGUAUUACUUUAGUAUAAAUACAUGUUAAUUUGGAUUCAUAUGUUGUUUUUUUCUGACUUUAUGUGAACGAAAAGACACAAAUUCGCCCGUUUUCUCAUUGGAAAUAGGUACAUUUCAAAAUAUCACUGUCCUGGUCACAAAAGCAAAGUUUGUGGGGAAUAAUAGCCAUUUUCUAUACUUUUGAGGCAUAAGCAAUUAGGAAAUAACACUUACUACCCAGGAACAAAAAUUGUGCUACAUAGUGUUAUUUGUUCAUUUGGACAUAUUUUAUAUUUUUCAAGGUCUUUUACAGUUGAUGAUUUAAAAAUACACUUGAUUCAAGGUACACAACCUAUGAAACAUUUUGAGACCUGGAGAGAAGUGUUAAAUGUGUCCAAUUAAUAAAAUCAUUAGACCAAUUAAGUGAUUGAGAGCUCGGGUGGAACGAAACCAGAAGACACUGCGGCCCUCCAGGAGUUUGACAGCCCUGUCCUGAGGCAAGCUUUGCGAUUUAGAAAGGAUUUCAUUGACAUUGAGUUUGAGUUCCUGUACGUUUUCCAGUAUCUCUGUGUAUGGGAGUGGCCUAAGAUAUUGAGGUAUUAAUGUUAAAUAUGAUAUCUUCAUAAUUAUGCACUACAAGGGCACAUUAUUAUGUUUCCAUUACCUCUGUAUGUAAAAGGUUUGUCAUUGUUUAAACUGUCAUUGAUUCCUGAGAUACAGAUCUGCAGUGGAACUGAACAAACCCAAGGGAGACAUUGGAAAAUACAAGCUUGUCAAAGGGGGAGAUGCUGCUGCAGGUUUGAUAAUAUUGGCUUCAUGAAAUGAGAAAUGGGAUUCCCUCUGUGUCAUGGAAUUCCUUUGCUAGUGUAUCAUGAUGUAAGCCCUGGAGUGUGGGUUCAGUCUUCAUGAAAUGAGAAAUGGAAUUCCCUCUGUGUCAUGGAAUUCCUUUGCUAGUGUAUCAUGAUGUAAGCCCUGGAGUGUGGGCUCAGUCUUCAUGAAAUGAGAAAUGGAAUUCCUUUGCUAGUGUAUCAUGAUGUAAGCCCUGGAGUGUGGGCUCAGUCUUCAUGAAAUGAGAAAUGGAAUUCCCUCUGUGUCAUGGAAUUCCUUUGCUAGUGUAUCAUGAUGUAAGCCCUGGAGUGUGGGCUCAGUCUUCAUGAAAUGAGAAAUGGAAUUCCUUUGCUAGUGUAUCAUGAUGUAAGCCCUGGAGUGUGGGCUCAGUCUUCUCUGCUGCCUGCUUGUUCUCAGUGUGAGUUCAGCUGCAUGUCCAGCGUCCUGAGCUGGGCUUUGAACCCACUGGGGACGCAGCUGAGAACAAGCCAGACCCACGACUCAGGGAUAAAAUAACAAGAUUAGAAAGCUUAUACGUAGAACUUUUUUUAUUGAUUUGAAAAUUAGACAUUUUGAAAUCUAACAAAUACUGUACUGGUAUUAUGGCUUCUGGUAGACUUUUAUGAUAUAAUUGUGUAGUUUCUUUGAUUACAUGAAGGUAAAUAAAAGAUUUAAAUUAUGUUCAUGUGUUUUGUUUAAUGGAUUGGGGUGUGACUUGAAAAGCCUGAACUGUCCCAGUGUCCAUGGGGUCAUACUGCACAUGAAAGACUCCUUUCUGAAAUACACUGACAGCAGACUG